UUCAGUACAAUUUAGCACCUCGUCGGGAGUGGAUCACUGAUCGCGAAUAACGGUACAAGUGUUAUUGUGGCAAAAGUGAAGUGACGACGCGGGGGGAGAUGAUAAAUUUUGCACAUACAGCGGUUUGAAAAACAAUUCAAUAUUUUGAAGAUUUUCAAAUAAACAAAACAGCUCACAGCCGUUGAAGUGCUACAAUUUACGAAAGAAAAAAGAAAUAAUAUUGUGGCAACAAACUUGAUCGAUAGGGGAAAAGGGAAAAAGAGGGGAUCGAUCAAUUGGAGAGGCACAACAUCUGCACAGAUCAAAAGAUUGAUUGCAGGCCAUAAAACUAAAGUGGAUGCGUGCUGAAAAUUCAUGCAAAAUUUUCACUUUCCAUCAAUGAUUUGGCGGCACACAAGAACAAGAUUCCUUAUGGUCAAUCGUGCAUCGAAUUUUGUAGGCCACACAAUUGUAAACAAAUCAACAAUAGCAGAACCAAGAAUAACAACAAUCACAACAACAAUACCAACAAGGGACAGAAGUGUAAACGGGCUAAAUGGAGAAUGUGCGAUUUUCCAUCAUCGAAAACGAUCUGAAAUGGCAGUCGGAGAGUGAGGCAGCCGAUAUGGACCUGCUGUUUGAUAAGCGCAGCAUCUCCAGCGAGGCCAACAGCGACGCCGUUUUUAGCAAUGAGGCGCACGAGAUUUUUGCGAGGCAACAACAAAACCAGGUGCUGUGGCAGCCACAAGAGAUUGAUGAAACACUCUCCGCGCUGCCCAAUGCCGUUCACAUUUUGGAAAUGGUCAAAUCUGCCUGCUUUUUGGAACUCUUGAUCGAUCCAAGCGAUUGCAAUCUUGCGCUAAUUUGUUGUUCUAUCUAUGGUUCCGUGGAGAACGUCAUCUACCUGUUGACUCACUACGAUGCGGAUCCAAAUUUUGCUGAUAAUCGCGGACGUACUUCGCUCCACUUUGCUUGCUGUCGCGCCAAUGCUCCCAUUGCCAAGGUGCUUCUGGAUCGGGGAUCUGAUCCAAAUCGCUGGGAUGCCAAGAAGGAAGUGACGCCGCUGCAUUGCGCUGCCAGUUCAAAGAGUGUGGAGUGUAUCUUGCUGCUGUUGCGUCGCAAGGCGAACAUCAACAUUGGCAUUGAGAGGCGAUCUGCGUUGCAUUAUGCGAUCGACGGCAAUGCUGUGGAUUGUGUGGAAAUUCUAUUGAAGUAUGGCGCCGAUCCGAAUACUCCGCAGGUGUACACGGAGACACCAUUGCAUACCGCCUCCGCCUCUGGAUUCACCAAGUGCGUGGAGCUGCUGCUGAAUCACAAUGCCGAUGUGCGCUCUCAAUUCGGGGAAGGCAAAGUGACGGCGCUACAUUUGGCUGCGGAAAAUGAUUACGCCGAGUGUGUGAAACUGCUCUUGGAUCAUCGGGCCGAUGUCAACUGCCGGAAUGCCAGCCAACAGACGCCUCUGCAUCUCGCCUGUCUCUCCCAGUCCAUUGGCACCGUUGAGAUUCUCCUGAAAUACGGCGCCAAUGUGAAUGCCGUCUAUCGCGACGGACGCACCGCGUUGCAUGCCGCCAUCGUGAAGCAAUCGCGUUGCCUCGACUGUUGCAACGCUCUCCUCAAGGCGGGCGCCGAUGUCAACAAGGCGGAUGAUUACGGAUACACGCCCCUGCAUAUUGCCGCCCUCAAUGAAUUCAGCAGCUGUGUGUACACCUUUAUAGAGCACGGCGCAGAUAUAACCGCUCGGACGGAUGGACACACAUCAGCUCUAACAUUUAUAGUGCGUCGCUGUCCGGAGGUUAUACCAAAGUUAAUGCAAAAACUGGAUGACUCCAUUAAAGCGAACGAUCACGAGAUUGGGGAUGUGGAUUGUCAGAUAAAGUUGGACUUUCGUCUCCUCGUGCCCAGCUCCUCGAUGGAGAAGGGGGAAACGGAGCUGAUGCUGACGCUGAUUGAGGUCGGACAGAAGCGUAUUCUGAUGCAUCCGUUGUGCGAGACAUUUCUGUUCCUCAAGUGGCGACGCAUUCGUAAAUUCUUUCUCCUCAGCCUGGCCUAUCACACCUGCUUCGUGCUGCUCUUCACGCUCUACGUGAUUGGCGUCUAUGUGCGAUGUUGCAAGCCGGGAGAGACGUGUCUGGCACCUGGCUACGUUUCAACCAUUGGUUACUUUGUGAUUGUGCUGAAUAUCUUGCUGCUUGGUAAGGAACUUUUUCAAAUGGCUCACGGAUUGCAUGGUUAUGCCAAGUACUGGGAAAACUGGCUACAAUGGACCAUUGUCUUUGGUGUGCUGUUGUGUGUGACACCAGAAACAUUGUGGACUGGCGAUCUGUUGACGGUGCCCAUGUGGCAACAUCAUGUGGCAGCGGUGGUUAUACUCUUGGUCUGGCUGGAGCUUAUGAUGCUGGUGGGACGCUUUCCCAUUUUCGGCGUCUAUGUGCAAAUGUUUACCAAGGUUGCUGUUAACUUUGGCAAGUUCCUGUUGGCCUAUAUCUGUCUGUUGAUUGCCUUUGGACUGAGCUUCGCUGUGCUCUUCAAUGAUUAUCCGGCUUUUGAGAAUAUAACAUGGUCGUUUAUGAAAUCGUUUACCAUGAUGUCGGGAGAACUUGAAUUUGAGGAUAUCUUUUAUGGCGACUAUGCGGUCAAGUUCCCUGUGACCUCUCACAUAAUAUUCCUUGCCUUUGUGCUCUUGGUGACGGUUAUAUUGACCAAUCUGAUGUUGGGUCUGGCUGUCAGCGAUAUCCAGGGACUGCAGGUGUCCGCCUCCUUGGAUCGUCUGGUGCGACAGGCGGAGCUGGUGUCGCGUCUAGAGAGUUUCUUCUUCUCCCGCCUGCUGAGAAAUGCUCCUCUCGUGCAUUACUGCAAACGCAAAGCUCUGCUGCGAACCUCACGCGACAAAUUGCAGUUCACGGUGCGUCCCAAUGAUCCCAGGGAUCGCUCCCAGCUGCCGGAGGAUAUCAAGCUCAAUAUCUACAAACUUGUGGCGGAAAGAAGAGAUCGCAAUAUGAGUAUUCGAAGGCGUCAAUUCGAGACAAAUUAUCACAUGUUCAGUCGCAGUCUGCAGCGUCAAAAGGAUCCGAAGGAGUUGAAAACCGCAUCACAGCAACAACAACAGUCACAGCAGACACAACCGGAGUCAAACAAUGCAACACAGACACAGGUUUUCCAGAUGAACGAACUGCUGCGUCCACGUUCAGCAACCAAUGUGCCACAACAGUUGCGGCAGGAGCACGAGACAAUUGUCAAGCUGAAGAAUCAGGCCAACGAUUGGCGUGCCGAGGUCCAGACACUCAAGGAGCAACUGUCACAGCUCACAGCCAAAUUCGACAGAUUCACUGAGAAUGCAAUGCGCAAAUUGAAUUACACCGCCGACGAACUCUGCCGCAUGAAGCAGCAACAACAGACGUCGCCCACAACGACAGCCGAGACACUGCGUCAUCAGCGGCAUCAACAUCGUUGAGAUUUGAAUACUUUGUAUACGAGGGUGGGCUAAUAAGUCAUCUAUCUAUGUAGAAAACCCCACAUUUUGUAAAGAUAAAUAAAUAUACUUUUC